AUGUCAAUGAGACCCGUCGUACGUCUCGGGCGCAGGCUACCCCCUAGAUUCCAGAGAGCUUCAUUCAGCUCCUCGAGUGUGAAUCGUGCCGAUUUCACCCACACGGUCAUCGGCGCCGGGGUGGUCGGCCUCGCCGUCGCCCGCCAGCUCACCAGGCGGCCCGGCAACUCAGUCCUGCUGAUCGAGCGGCACCCCGCCGUGGGCACGGAGACGAGCUCGCGCAACAGCGAGGUCAUCCACGCGGGCAUCUACUACGGCGCCGACACCCUCAAGGCGCAGCUCUGCAUCCGCGGCAAGGAGCUGCUGUACGACCUCUGCUCGCGGCACGGCAUCGGCCACCGCCGUACGGGCAAGUGGAUCGUCGCGCAGAACGACGCGCAGCGGGAGGCCCUCGAGAGGAUCCACGGGUUCUGCGAGAGGGAGAUUGGCGUGCCGACGAGGUGGGUCGGGCAGCAGGAGAUUGAGCGUGACGGGGAGGGCGUGAGGGCGCUGAAGGGGGCGCUGGAGAGCCCGACGACGGGGAUCGUCGACUCUCACGGGCUCAUGGUGACGCUCCAGGGCUUGUUCGAGGAGGGCGGCGGCAUCGUCGCGUUGGGAUCGCCGGUGCGGAGCAUCACGCCCCUGAGCGGCGGCGCUGCAGGCUGGGAGCUCGAGGUUCAGGACGCCGAGACGGGGGAGCUGUCGAGCAUCACCUCGGAGACCAUCGUCAACUCGGCUGGGCUCGGCGCCGUGGAGAUCCACAACAUGAUUGUGGAUGAGAAGGACAGGAUGGAGCUCUUCUUCGCCAAGGGGAACUACUUUUCGUACACGGCGUCCCGGCCGAGGAUAUCCAGGCUGAUCUACCCGGCUCCGGAACCUGGCGCUGGCGGCCUGGGGACUCACCUCACCAUGGACCUGGGUGGGCGUCUGAAGUUCGGCCCGGAUGUCGAGUGGGUGGACUCGCCGGAUGACUUGACUGUCAGCGGCGACCGGUUGCAGACGGCCAUAGCAGAGAUCAAGCGGUACCUGCCGGGGAUCGACGAGACGUGCCUGGAGCCCGACUAUGCCGGCAUACGGCCAAAGCUGGGGAAGGGAGGUUCUGUGGCCCUGGGGAAAGGAAGCAUUAGUGAUUUCAUCGUCCGAAAGGAGGAUGGGUACUCCGGAUGGGUCAAUUUACUAGGCAUUGAGAGCCCUGGGCUGACGAGCAGUCUUGCCAUCGCCGAGAUGGUGGAGGAGUUGCUCUAUGGAAAUAUCACGAAAGGGUGA